CAUGAAAAAAUCGAGAAAGACACCCAAUAACACUCGUAUAAAUGGAUGUAAUUAUCUUAGUGUUUGGAAGCUGAAAAAAUAAAUAUACUUUUACGAAAAAGUCCUUGCGAAGAAGCAGGCAACUUCGUUCUCCUCCAUCAUCUCAUUUGACAUUCAUCUCUGUUUCUUUCUCUUUCUCUCACCGAACCAAAGGAGUGUGAGAGAUUGCGAAUUUGCUAAAGAGAAAUAGCGUUUUGAGGGUGUUGUUGUAGAAGGAUAUGGAUCAAGUAUUCAACAAGGUUGGAUCCUAUUGGUUCAAUCAGAAAGCCAGCAAGGAGCUUAAUUCCGUCGGUGAUGAACUCAAUUCAAUAUCAAAUAGUAUCGAAGGCGGAACCAAAUGGUUGGUCAACAAAAUCAAAGGAAAGAUGCAGAAGCCAUUACCAGAGUUGCUAAAGGAGUAUGAUCUACCAAUAGGAAUUUUUCCUCGCGAUGCAACAAACUACGAAUUCAAUGAAGAGACAGGAAAGCUUGUAGUCUUCGUUCCUCAAGUCUGCGAAGUAGGCUACAAGGAUUCAUCCGUCUUGCGUUUCUUCACCACCAUAACCGGUUAUCUGGAGAAAGGAAAGCUAGCAGACAUAGACGGAAUGAAGACAAAAGUUAUAAUCUGGGUAAAAGUGACAACCAUUGUCUCCGAAGGAUCAAAGCUCUUUGUGACAGCCGGCAUGAAGAAAACAAGGAGUAGAGAAGCAUAUGAUGCUACAAGAGAUGGUGUACCUGUAGAUAAGUUCUAAAACUUUCACAUUAUUUUGUUAUUAGUUUUAAAUUCUGUAAAAUCCUUUGUUGCAUGCAGGUUGGGAGGUUAUUUGUAGGUAGUAAAUAUGUAUUUCAGAUAAGAUCUAAAACCUUUGGAUCUUGUGUUGUGAUUUGUGAUUUAAGGAAAGUGAAAAGUCUCUUUGGUACUUGUUGAUGAUUA